AUGCCACACACCGCCGCGUCAGCCCCUCCGCCGAUCCAGUUCGUCCGCCUCCCCGCCGGCAUCACUGCCGAGCAGGCCCAUCAGGCUCUGCAGGUUCUGCAGGCGCAUACUGCAGCUGCCAAGGGCCCGCCCAAGCCGUCUCCUACUACGAGGAAGCGCAAACAGCGACGGCUUUACCCAGGGCAGGGCGGAUCGGAUGACGAGCAUGAAUCCAAGGCAAGCCACUGGCGUAUGCUCAAUUCGCUUGCUAGGAUCGGCUGGGCUAGGUGGUUUUCGCUCCCGGACGAAGAUUACGUCAACCAGAUUCUCGCGAAGGCGCUGGGGCAGGAUGUUUUCAACAAGAAAAACCAAAUGCUCUACUAUGUCGGAUACGGAAAGAUUCGCGCCUGGAGCCGUCAAUGGCAGUGUGACAUUCUGAAGAGGCUUACGGAACAUGUCUCUGACGUAUACGCAAAGGAUAAAGAAGUCUUGGACACACUCGAUUCCUCCGAAGUUAGUCAGCACUUCUAUAACGGCAUCGAACUCCCGAUGAUCAAGGAGAUCUUCCAUUGCCUCGAUGCCGAUGUUUAUCUGGAUGACAUCUUCAACUCGCCAGUCUCAGCGCUGUACUGCACAUUCUACAGCAACAUGUGCGAUGUGGUCCUUCAGCAUCGCGUCAAGCCUGGUGAAAACAGGAGCAAACUGGAUGACAGGAAGAUCUACGAGAACUUUCGGAAACUCGCCCGUAUGGAGUGGUUCGCCGAUAUCGAUGUCGUCGAUAUCCCCAUUCGUCCGAGAGAGCCUCCCAAAAAGAAACGCCCCCAGAACUCGGAAAUGGUGCCGUUACGCCAGAGGGAUCCCGACUUCGAGAUCUUCGGUACGCCCCCCGGAUUGGAGCGCCGCGAAUCGAAGGUGGCCAUGGCCGAGGCUGCCCAGAAGGAGGCCAAGGCUGCCCAGAAGGAGGCCGAGGCUGAGGCCGUGGCUGUCAAGAAGGAGGCCGAGGAUGACUAG